GUUCUACCGUCAGGUGGCGGUAGCCUCAAAACAGUGGGACAUCGUAUAGACACCCUGCAACGGGACUGUGUUUUUCACAGGAUUGUUUUCCGCGUUUUCCCGCAAAAACCACGCUCUUUUACUGUGAUUUUUCGUUCCAGAGGGCCGCAUCUAUCAACCCCACUAUCCGGCCGGCCGCUCACCUACUCACAUCUAAGACGAAUUAUGUAGUUUUUCCACUUGGUAUACAGUCAAUUUGUUCCUGUCUUGCUUAAAAGAGGAAAGGAGCCCAAUGUGGGUGGAAGUGAGAUGGCAUCCAGGGAAAAGAAACCCUUAGCGCCUUCCAAAGCAAAACAGAAGGCGAAUAAUGAUUCUGGCUUGCCAUCAAACGAAAUUAAAAGUAGAAAAGGCAAGACUUUGUCAAAUCUAAAGCAACAGCAACUUGCACGAGACAUAAUAGAGGCUGUGGCGACUGGUAGUCAACUUCCUCCGAAAUUAGAGGCAACCCUUCCACGUAAAAAGGUUCUCAGGAAUCUCAAACGUAAACAAAAGCUAAGAGUAACAAAGGCCAAUUUAAUUAAGUCAAAAGUUACAAGGAAGGUGACCAGUAGAAAUUUAUGCAGAAUAACUUCUGAUAUUAAGAAGGGUGUGAGGGCUAAAAGAGCCAAAUUAUCGGAAGAAAACAGUACUAAGACAUCUGAUAUUAACACAAAAACUUUAGAGAACUACAUAAACGAAGCAGAGGGUGAAAGUAUAGGAACAGAAGGAGGUAAUAGAAGUGCCAAGAACAAUCUCAGGACUAAAAAGACCAAGUUUAUACCAAAAAGUAGCGAAUUGGAGAGUGAGGACAUUGUGGACAAAGAUACAGAUUCAGUUGCUGGAUCCAGUAUCAAGAGCAGUCCAAAACUUAAUAGGAAAGGUAGAAGCUUGGAAAAUAUAGAUUCUUUACCUAGGGGUGUUAAAUCAACCAAAUUUUCGGGAUUUAAAAGGAAUAGUAUCAAAGAGAAAGACACUUUCAUAAAGUCAGAAGGUGAUAUUAAAUAUACAAAAGGAAGAAAGAGUACUAGGGAUAUAGAUUGCACUAAUAUAAGAGUUUCAAAGUCACUUCUGGACACCAAGAGUUCUAUAGAUCUUACCAUAGACGAAGUGAUAGCUUCAAUGUUGAGUGAUUCAGAAAUAGAUAAUCAGCAAGGAAUAACAGAGAAAAUUGAAGGGAAAGUAACAAGGAGGAAAAAGAUGUUAGUAGAAGAGAAUAUAGUUCCGGAUAUUGAGAUAAAAAAAGAACCAGACAGUGAAGAUAUCAAAAUUACUUCUGAUGGAGAGAAUCUGGAAACAGAAUCUGUUCAAAGUGCAAUUCAAUUGAGGAAAAGGUCGAACGCAUCGAUUAGUCAAAGAAGUUUGCGGAAUGGCAAGUUACGACAGGCGGAUUCUGUUAUCUCUACCGAUUUGGAGCUUAAAAAACGUCGAAGAUUGAAUUCGGACGACCCUGUUAGUUCGGAAGUUUCCACGGAUAAUAUCGCAGAUAGUAAUAUCGAUACCGAAUCUUGUUUUUCUGAAUCUAGCGGUAACGAUUCUCAGACGGUUAUGGUAUCAACUAAAGAUGAACUUUGCUUAAAACAAGAAACACUAAAAAAUUUCGAAGACAGUUCGCAAAUUGUAUCGGAAAUAGAAAAUAAUAACAAUAGUGAUAGAGUAGAUAGGACAACCGAGAUUGGACCUACUCUUCGUUCGAAAACUAAAGCCAAAAGUACCGAGAUCGAAAUAAAAAAUGACAAUAUUAAAGGCGAAUAUACACGAAUAAUACCGAAAAACGCGGAAGUGCAAGAAGAGCUAAAGAAAACGAGUAAUUUGGAUCAAGUUAGGAAAGAUAAUAUUUUAGCAAAACUUUCUGACAAAUCUAAGGGUCGAAGAAGUAGUUUAAACAUAGAUAUGAAGAAGACGGUCAAUUCGUUUUAUGGUACUGAUAAGUCGGACGGUAAUCCGAAGUCUCAAAUAGAUCAAAUGAUAGAAAAUAUCAAGCUUACGAUCGCCAAAUCUAUCGAGAGUAAAAUCUUUGGACCGGAGAAGGGUCUCGGAUUGAAUAAAAAUUUCGAAGUACCAAAAAUCGAAGAGAUAAUUGCACCGCUGAGUGCGGAGUCGCAGAAAUUAGGGUUGGAGGAUAAUACAGACGAGGAUAAGUCUACUAUUUCUAAGAAUGAGAUUAAAUCGGACAAUUCAGAAAAUUCAGUGGCUGAACUGAAGCCAAAAGUGGCCGAUACUGCCAAAGAAAUUGAAAAACUAGUCAUGGGUGAUAUUGAACUAGCUGAAACACAUUCUCAGAACGUACAAGAGAGCGAUUCUUCUGACAAUGAUGCAAGUUGCAACCUUCAUAAUGCUUCUGAAGCAGGUUCUGUUCAGAUUACAGAGAACAAUGAUAUCACCUGCAAAGCUAUGAAUCAACAGGAGGAAUCAAAUGAUAUCUCUAAUUCGGCAGAGGAGUCUAAAAAGGACGUGGAACAAGUUAUAGACGAUCAGAUUAAGAUUUUGGAUGAUGGUAAAAGAUCUGGUCUUAGCAAAAAAUCUCCAAGAAUAACGGAUAAAGGUCAUCUUGAGAACAACGAAACUGUUAAAAAAUUAGGUAGAGUAUUAAAUAGAAUAGCCCAAAAGUCUGAAAACUCUGAAGAGUCUUUGGAGAACUUCAGUAAACCUGUUUCUGAGGAAACUGCUUCGAAUGACGAGUCACCUAAGAACGAAUCGACAAAUAAAGCGGCUAGUUUAGAAUCUUCAAUUGUUUGCACGGUAAUCGUGUCAAAGCAGGUACAAGAAGAAGUUAUAGAAGAAGAAGCAAAAACAGAUCAAACAAUCGAAGAUGAGGCUAAGAUUUCUGCAAAUGUUACUGUGGAAUCUGAUGAUGUAGAGACUUUAGAAAGUAUCUCUAAGGAAGUAGAAAGAUUGGUAGCAGAGGAUCAAUCCAGCAAUCAACUGCAAACGAGCAUGAACGAAAUGCAAUACAGGCAAGAAUCAGCAAACAAAACUACAACAGACAUUUCUCCAUUACCUGGUAAGUUAGGUAUCACAGAUAUUGAAAAACAGGAAACAAGUCUUGCCAAAGUGGAUGAAUCAAAAAAUAGCGAUGCACAAAAUAAACCUGAGGUAAUAGAGAAUACCAAAGAAAUUGAAAAAUCUGAAGAAAGCGUGUCAGAAGCAACACAAGUUGCAAAGAAGGACAAGAAUAAUUGCAGAGUACCAUCUACUUCCGAUUCCACAACGAACUUUAAAUGCACCGCGAGUCCUGUUUCUAGCGAUGUAUGUAAUCCUAUCGAAGAUAUAAAAAAAGAUAUAGAUGAGAAUGAAAAAGAUGAGAAAUGUAAAUCGACUAAUGAUACAGAUAACAAUAACGCUGGUAAUAAUAAUACUGACAAAAAAGUAAUUUCGUUAAAGGAUAAUUCAGAGAAUAAUGAUACAACUAUAGUAAAGGAAGAAAUAGAAAUAUCAGACAAUAUCGUGGAAGAGCAAAAAUCUGCUGGCGAUGAUAACAAGAAACGAGUAUUAAGAGCUCGCGAUAAAACGAAAAAGAUCGAAAAGGGACAAGCAUCUUGUAACAAAGAACGCAUCGAAGUUGCUUCAAAAAUUAAAACGGAAGAGGAAAGUUCUCAAAUAUUGAAUAGCUCUCAUAAUGAGGAAGAUACACAGGAUUUGGAAGAAAAGGCUCAUGAAAUGAUCGCAGACGACAUAGAUGAUUCUCAGAACAGCACUGAAACAGAUACUAUCGAGUUAGAACGUCAAGCUCGCACUAGACGCAGCAGGGAGGUGAAGAAACGCAAAGAGGAUCAAUUAAAUGCUUUAAAAAAUAAACGACCAAAACGGGAAAUACGGAGAUACGAUCAACAGAAUAAGGAGGAGACACUAUUGGACAAUGAGGUAGCAAAGAUCAAUGAGAACAACCGAUCCUUUUUAAACAAAUAUGAAAACGGAACAGAAUGUGCCACAAAUUUCAGAGGUUUCUCAGAAGGGGUUAGGGGAAGUUUGGAAAAAUGUCAGGACAGUACAGAUAGUAUUAGAAGCAAAUCAGAAAAUGACUUAAUUAUUAAGAAAGAGCCUAAUAAAAAGACAUGUGAGAACAGAUUAUCUCGAAAUUUAUCUGAGAAUCAUGUGACCAAGCAAUCAGGGAAUAUAGACAUUCUGAAUGCCAAUUGCAAACCUGUAAAAACACCAGAAACAUCACAGAAAGAUUCUGAUGAGACGUCCACGUCUGGUGAAUCCUCUAGCAGCAUCAAUAUUACUCCAAAAAUCUUGGAAACACCAGAAGACAAGGCGAAGAAAGAGUCAAUUCUGAGACUUCUCGGGUUGGAAUCUCUGGAAAAGGCUGCUGAGCGAUUGAGCCAUCAAAAGGCCAAAAAGGAACAAUACACAGGUACCCUGAAAACUGUAAUCCGUGUUCAGAAAGAAAAAGAGAAAGACAAGAGGCGAUCAAGAUCACCAUUGAAAAUGGUGUUGAAACAGGGUCGUGGAGAUGGCGAAGGAGAUUCACCUGAGAAUUUUUACACUAUUCAGAAGGAGUUUGGAACCAGUGGUUGGGGAGAUAGCAGCUCUGGUGCGAACCGAAAGUUCUCUACUAACCACAGACACUCUUGCGAUGAAGAUAACGAAGACACAGCGCCGAAGGAUCGUCAGUCUCUUGUUAUUCCAGAGAAGUCCUCCUCUUUCUCUAUUCAUCCUGGACGCUUGUGCGCGGAUGUCUGUUGUUACUGCUUUGGAAAGUUCGGUUCUUUGGACACACCGAUGCAUCUUGCUCAAAUGAAGUCCGAUGAAAGACGGAAAAAGAUUUUAAUCAUAGAAAGACAUCUGAAUAAGGAUUCUUGCUUAUGUGAUGCUUGCUACCGUCAUGUGGACAGAAAGGCAAAUACGAGUCCAACGAAUAUGCAAACGAAGCCACAGAAACAACAUAGACAACUCAUGGUGUCUAAGUGCUCAGCCCGCGAAUGUAGAGAUGCUUCGCGACAUCAUGUCAAACGUCGAUGGUUGCUCAAGAUAAAAACUGGUCUGCAAAAACAGGUGGACAUUGAUUGGGAAUCGAGUCAACAUACGUCCAUGUCGUUCUGCGCUAGCCAUUACUCGAAGAUCGAACGAUUCUUGACUUGUGCAUUAUGCAAACGUAGGUUGGCGAGAAACCACACUCAUCAACUAGCUAAUGCGGAGACUGAGGAAUUAAAUCAUUUGCUUGGACAACAAGGGGUUCCUGUUAUUCUGGCGGCCGGUACUUUCGUUUGUAAAUUGUGUAGAUAUUUUACACAGUUGCAGUUGAAGUAUAAGGAUGUAGAGAACAUGAACACGAAUCAUAAAUCGUUCUUCAAGAGUUAUCGGAAAAGAAUCCUACACUAUCACGAUAUUGAGGUUUUGGAAAACGAAGACGAAGAUUCUUCUCAGAAUCAGACUAAGGACAAAGACAAAGACAAGGACAAAAGGAAGAAAACCAAGUGUAGCACUCAACCUAAGACCGGAACUUCCAAGUCUCCGGAUGGUACGACGAAUUCCGCCUCUGAAAAAUCUACUCCAGAACCCACCAAAAACGAGGAAGCGAGUUCUGAGAUGGACAACGAAAAUCGUACCGCGAAGACAAACUUGAACGAUGAAAACGUCGGGAUGGACGUGCAGUUCCUCGGUAUUGAAAGCACCGUGGAGAAAUUGAAGAAACGCAAGCUGCUUGAUAUGCACCCGUACACAACAUCAGAUACAAUGAUAUCUUGUAAUAAUCCCAACGAGGUUGUCGAGAUCCUUGCAAUGGACAAGGAGGUGACGCUAACCAGAUUGCCAAAGAGGCCAAGGACGAAUAAUGACAUCACACCGGUUGUACAGAGACUCGGUGCUAAUCCUUCCAUUAGUGUACGUACUCUUUUCCCUGGCGAGGAGGAGAUGAAUCUUCACGCCAAUAUAGAGUUUACAAAUGUUCGAGAAAUAACGCCUCAAGGUUGGGAAAAGUGUGCCACUAUGAUACAAUAUGACAGAGACACGAAACUCCUCUGGCAAGAGUUACAGAGACCAUACGGGAAUCAGAGCUCGUUUCUCAGACAUCUGAUACUUCUGGAAAAGUAUUACAGAUCCGGUGAUUUGGUGUUAGCCCCGAAUGCAUCACGGAAUGCCAUUAAUUACUCGACUUCUGUGCAGAAUCGUUUAAUAUCAUACGAAGGUCCAGAGAAAAUGGACGAGCCAAUAAUGGAACCGAUUGCCUCAGAAUAUCACAAUUCUCGUCGACUGAGUGGCGGUUACGUUCUCGAAAGGGAUAAGCAUUCUUUACCAAGCACAAGUACUCCUAAACAACCAUCGUCCACCAGUACUACACAAUCUAUAAAAAGUAGUCCUCCUCGGGUUCUGAAGUUAAACCCUGGAGUGUCGAUAAUUAAGAAGCCACCCCCUAAUCUGCAACGACUAAACCUUCCAUCUACCAGCGCCAACCCCGCGAACGGUAACGUGAAACGAAAAGACGGUCAAAAACUGCCAACUUCUUCUGGUGGUAAGGUGUUUCAUUUAAGCGAGCCCGAGUUCAAACGAUUACAAAAUCUAAAGAAACAGAAGCAACAAAUGCUCACGGAGAAACAGUCGACCAGUUCAAAUGGCGGGACAGGUAAUUUGAGUUCUUCAGCAAACGUGAAGUCGGCGACGCAGUAUCAAAAGGCGCAGAUAGCUGCGCAUACACAGUUUCAGAAGCACCUGAGAAUGCAGCAGGAGAUGCUGAGUCGGCAGAGCAGAAGUGACUUCGAACCGUUAAUAUGCGACGUUCGCGCGUUGGCAAACGAGAAUAGCCCGACGCAAAACUUACUGCACAAUCUGAACCUGCCGAAAUCUAUCCAGGUAACAACAAAGACGUCAAACCAGAUUCCGAUAUUGCCAAAAAUACCGAAGUCGCUGACGGUGAUACCGCAAACGGUCACUAGACCAACCGAGAAAUGAAACAAGUGGACAAAUAGGGGUAAACAGUAAGUAAACAAAUUAUAGAUGUUAAUUCCUUCAGACGAGAGAAUGUACACGAGGGUUCGUAUCCGAUCCUGAGUGAGAAGGAGAGUGUUUGUAAGAUAAGAUGGAAAUGAUCGGCAGAUAGUGACGGACCAACUAGAGAGAAUUGUUGAUCGAAUUUUGCCUUUCGAUGCCGAUCGCGGGAGAUAAAGAAAGGUAUUGAGGAAGUUUUGUGAAGGCUAGCUCACCGCGAGAAGCGACAACAUUUGCCUUAUGAGGAUAUAAAAAAAUAACAAAAAAUAAAAAUGGAAAAGUGUACACGAGAGAAAAACUCUGCACUGCUCAAAAGAAAAUACGGUUAUACGAUGAACGAUCAUACGUGUCACAACAAUCGGAUGUUUGUCGAUGCGCGUACGAAUCGUAUUUGCAUACGCGCAUGCGUAUAUAUCGUGAUAGUAUAUAUAUAGAAACAUCAUUUUAGUUUCGUCGGAAAAACGGUACAACAGCGAAGAAAAGAACAUUGACUACAAUCGUUAACGAUCUUGUACAUUAACAACCAAAGCAUCAGUGUGAAAAAAAUAUGGCGAAACAUGGUAAAAAAACCUGUUUCCAAGGAAAAGUGCCUAAAAAAAAUGUAUGUCGCGAACGAAGUCGUUAGUUUUUAAAUGACAAAGUAUACUAUAUUGAACGGACUUGAAACACACGUUAUACAUAUGGUUAUAUAUAUAUAAUAUAUAUAUAUAUAUAUAUACAAUGUAUACUACAUACAUAUAUAUGUUAUAUGUAUAUAUAAUAUAUAAUGUAUACUACAUACAUAUAUAUAUAUAUAUAUGUAUAUAUAUAUAUAUACACGAACAAAAGGAGAAAACAACAAAUAAAGAUAAAGAAGGUAAACGAACGAUCGUUCGAACGAGUGAAGAGUUUAAGAGGGAAAAGAAGAAGGGGGUACAUAUAUCUUGAAAGUUUAUGAAUCAAGGAGCUUUGAUUUCACCCCCUUUUGUUUCUUCGUUUAUAUGUUCUAAAUCUAACAGAAAAAUCAAUCCUCGAUUGAGAAAUACAGCUCUUCUUUGAAUUUUUUCACGAGGAACGGUCGAAUAGGAUAAGAGAGAACAUAUACCCGACGAACGAAAUGAAGAAGAAGCUGACGAUUUGCCUUGCUGUUGUUAGAUAAAGAAAACAAUUCAUGCUAGAGACAUAUCUGUCCCACGCGAUCUUUGAGAUCUACAGCUGAAGGUCUCGUGAAGGCCCUUGAGGCUUCAAAGAGCACUUUCAAAUCGGUAGUUCGUUCCUUUUUCCGCGUAUUCCGAUGGAGAUAUAGUCGAAAAUUCGUGUCGAGAUGAUAUUGCGUGUAUUCCCGCGAGGUUGGCGCCACGAUGUAGAUUUCCUUACGAUUUUUCUCCAUACGCCGAAUAUAUUUUUGUCUACCUGUGAAAAAAAAAGGAAAUAUUGCGGAAUUUUGGAGAGAAAGGGAGAUAGAAGGAUAAAAGAUAGGACGUGACCUUUUUUGCCGUGAAUAAGGUACGAGACAAAAUAAUGACACCCGAAGAGAUUCAAUUGUACAUUAAAAAAGAGGAAAAAAAUAUAUAGAUAUAUAUAUUUUGGCCUGCUCAUCGGAGAGUAGCAUAAUGACCACUUGUAAUUAAUUCUUAUUAAUCAGAGGGCGAUCGUUGAGCGAGAAAGCUAAACGUUUGUCGUAUAAAUUGAUGGAUACAUUUCUAUAAAGUAGGUGUAGAUUUAUUACGCCUCGAGCUUAUUUAUUACGUUACUAUAAUAUCAUUAUAUUACAUUGUACAUAACUGAUAAUUAUUUCUAGUUUGUAAUUGAUUAUUAUUAUUAUAUUAUUAAUUAUUUCAUUAUCGGUAAUUCUAUUGCUAUUAUAGGACACGGUGAAUUUUAAUCAUCGUGCAGGAUUCCUUCAUUAAUCGUGUAAGACGAUCGCGAAUUUGAGAGAAAUUGAGGAUUUCGAAACUCCUUUGAUAAGAGAUACACAAGAUAAAAGAUCGAAAGGUUAACGAAUGAAUGAGCGAAAGACUGAAAGAGCGAGAGAAACAAGCAGAAUGAAUCCGUUUCCUUCUUCUUCUUUUUCAUUUUCUUCAUUUUGUUUGUUUUUGUUUCUGUAUGAAGUCGCCAUGUAAAAGGGCGCGAAAGAAAGAGCAAGUCGAAAAAAGAUGUUUGUCGAAAGAGAAGAAAAAUCCUCCUUCGGACACGCAAACCGUAUGCAGUCGGUUGUCGCGUGUCGUUUCGAGGUUAUGUUAUUACUGCCUUAAAGAAAUACGCGUGAUCGAUUGUAAAUAGUAGUAGCAGAGAAAGUGAAACUUGAAAAAUGUAAUUUCGAAUUAGAUAUUGCACCUGGGAGAACCUCGGUUCGCGAGAUAAAUAAAAUGAGCAAUUAGAAAUGAGAAACGCUUGAGCAUUGUUUGUUGAACGGUGCAUUUUAUAACGAUGAAAAAAACGUUGAAAAUCAUUCGAGUUGAGGGUAAACCCACUUUUGAACCGAUUAAAAUUGACGAGAGGAUUAGCCUGGCGGUAACGUCUGUUGAAUUCCAGAUAUUUCUACUUAAAAUUAUCUAAACUCGUUUUCUGUUUAUUCUGUGUCUUUAAAAAAUGUCAAUAAAAUAGUCUGAAAAUUUUUUCACGCUUUAUUUGUUAUUUAACUAGCUUCAUUUCUUGCUCGUACCUUCUUUUUUUCAAAUAUGUAAUUGUAUCUUUAAUUGUUGCUUAACCAAAUGCACUAGUUAACGUGUUCACUAAAAAUUGUUCGCACGAAAAUGGAAUCGGUUCAAGAGUACGUAUAUCCGUUCUAAUUCUUUAAAUUUUCAUUUUGGCUGUGUUGAGCUAGGACGAUUAACGGUCAAACAAGAUCGACGGAUAGAUGAAUUUUAUAUCGCACGGACGAAAGAAUUUUGUCGAGUUCAGGCGGAAAUCGUUCGCUCGAGUGUUCUGGCAGCUUCAUUCGUUUUAACUUAUCAAAUCAUUGUUAAAAUAAAUUUUGUACGUUGGUAAUCAUCGACGAAGAAGAUUAGUACUGAUUUAUAUCGAAAAUCUAGAGACAUUUUUUAAAUUACUAUAUUAUAGCAUAUCACUUUGUAACUAAGAGAUUAUUGACCUGCUGAUAUUGUAAUAUAUCGCAAUAUCUUCGAACAUUCACACAAUGACACGGUAAUGCUUUAGUAAAUCGUAAUAUAAUUUCCUACUAAAGUAUAGCGCUUAGUCUUAGAACCUUUUUUUUUUUUUUAUAAAUUAAAUGGCAAUUGUAAGAUAUACUUUUUACACUUCGAAAUAUGAAUUUGAAUAUAAUGAAAUGAAAAGGACAGUUGUAGCGACGUAACUGUUAGACGAAGUAACGAAGAAGGCCAGGAACUCGAGGUGUGCGUAAUCUAAUCUGAAAAAAAUUCACGUGGCGAAACGUAAAAAAAAAAACAGGCACACGUAUACACGUGCAUGGGACAUACUGUACAGGAUAGUCGUGCACAACUGUGUGGCGCAUGUGCGCGUGAACAAUAGGAAAGAAUGUCGGCGCGGGUAUUAUAUGUAUAUUAAAUAUAUAUAAUACUGAACGUGUGUUAUAAAUAAAUAAAUAUAUAUUAUAUAUAUUAGUAUAUAAAAUUAUAAUACAAUAAAGUACUUGAUGGUACGUUAUACAUAUUAAAAUGCUCUAUUUUAUUAAGGAUAUUUUUGAUAUAUCUAUAUAUAUAUAUAUAUUAUAAAUAUGAAUAUAAGUAUAAAUAUAUGUAUAUCGAACUAAAAUCGAUCGAACCCACGAUCAAUGUAAUUAUUGUUAUCGACGGGACGAUGGCGUUUAAAAUUUACGAAGAUAAGUAUUUACUGAGCUGUGUGCAGUGCGUGUCAAAUUGUAAUUUCUAAAUCUUACAUAAUCCCAUUAUUAGUAAUUUCGACUGGACGAGAUUGUUGACCAGCUCUCUUUUUCUUCUUCUUUUCUUUUUCCUUAAGUCUUUGAUCUUUUUUCUAGAAUGGAGAAAGAUAAAAAAUGAGGGAAAAAGAGACGGUUGACCAAAAAAAAAAAAAAAAAAAAUGGAAAAAAUGGAAAAAAAAUACGCAGAUACGUUGAUAAUGGUAGUAGCUUGUGUGUAUAGAGCAGUGAUCUUGGUCGAAUCGAUAUACCAUGUAAUCGAGCAUAUCUAAUCCUUAUUUAUUGUUUUAUACAGAACCGUUGCCUGCUAUUAGUGAAGUCUCAAAUCCUUCCGUUUUGUUCCCACUUUCUUCGUUGAUGCAAUCAACACAAAGGAGUACGAUUAUUGUUGUAGAAUAAUUGUUACAGCCCUUCUUUGUUACGUGUCUUCAUGGACAUGGUGGUGAUGCGAGGAGUUGUGAGGUCGUUCCUUUGUUUGACUGCAUCAAUUCUUUUCUUUUUAUCUUUUCUUCAUUUGUCUUUAUCUAAUUUUUCCAUUUCUUUCUUUCCUUAAAGUAACAACUAUAUUUAAUUGAUGCGUAUUUCAAUUAUUGUAAGUCUCAGUGUAUCUAUGGCAGUUCCACGUUUAAAAUAUACCUUUUCUUUUUUUCCUGAAAUUGAGUUUUCGUGAGUGUUAAUUAUCGCAGCUGCGCCAUCAUAAGUUAAUAAUGCACGAUAGAAGAACGUAUCGAAUGAACGUAUGAUACGAGAAAAAAAGAGAAUAGUACGACCGUUUUUAAAUUGAUUGCUCAAGACUUUUUAAUUGUUAAUCGUCCACGCUCGUUUACGUUUGUAUGCCCAAAUUGCGUCAAUGAAUUGUUACAUUGUACAAAUAUUUAUCGCGACAAUGAGAAUCGACCUUGGUACAUGCAACGUUUUUAGCGACAAUGGCGAAUUAUUUAAGUAGCGCAACGUACUUUUUUUCGAAUUAUUCGAUAGAACAGUAAAAAAAAACAAAAAGACGAAUGUAUAUUAUAUCGACGAACCGAUAACGCAAUUAAUUUUUGUCAACAGCAACUGCAUACUUCUCAGCAAAUGAACGCUCGAUAAGUGUAUGUAGUACGAUUAUACGUAAAGGAAAAUUGAAAGUAAGGGAGAGGUAUCGGGAAAGAAAGAAAGGGGAAGUGAGAGAAGAAAAGAGAGAAAGGCAAACAGUGUACGAGAGAGUGAACUGAGUUUAAGUUUUAAGAAUUCUAUUUUUGUGAUGAAAAGAAAAGUGUAAUUAUCGUAGUCAAGAGGGACGGCAGGAAUCGUCGAAUGAUUUUCACUCAAAGAAAUGUAAUCGAAUAGACAUUUCUUCUUUAUUCUGAAAAGAAAGCAAAAGAAUAACCAUGAUUCGGAUUAUACAGGGUGGUCCCAGACAUUUUUUUACGUUUAAUAGGCCAAUCUUGUAGCUGUAUUCUAUGAGUAUAGUCGAAUAUGUGUACAGUGUAUAGUCAAGUAAAAAGUACUAUAUAAACAUUUCAAACAUUAUUAAAACGUUAUAAUACAAAUAUAUAAUACAAUGGGAACAAUAAUGGGUUUACGAUCACUAUGCUAUAAGACAACGAUAAUACUUCGAUUUAUUAACCUAUGAAGAUCACGUUGAUGUUCAUUUAAUUCUAAUGAACCAAUGUAAUGCUUUGUCCGAUAUAUUUUUCUUAUUUAAUUAUGCACGCAUGAAAAUCGGAUUGCGCGGAAUUGAAAACUAUUGGAGGCCAAAAUAUUAUGCUUUUCUUGUAUUUCAUAUAUUUAUUGUAAUUGUGCUUUUUAAAAAAGCUUUAAAUCAUCCAUGUUCGUAUAACACUUUUUGUUUGGUUAUAUUUAUAAAAUAUGCUGACCAAGUUUGGCUGUUUAACUCUAGGAUGCCCUGUAUGGUUUUAACGUAAAGAUAAUCACGCAACAUGAUUAGUAGCAGGUUCACACAGAGUGUUAAAGAGCCAAGAAGCAUUGGUAUCCAAUGAUUAGCGUCUGACAAAGUGUAAUGGUGUUUCUACUGGCAGUAGAUGCGACAGCGCAUGCCUCUGGCAUGCACAAAGGCGAAACACAUCGAAAUCAUAAAAACUCCAGUAAUACUUAUAUACAAAGAAACUUAUAUUCCUCGGUAUUCGCUUCAAUUUUUAGUUUAUUACUAGGCUGUGGACUUUUAUGAAAAUUUUUACUAACACAAUUAUGGAAUCGGAAUCUAACUAGAGAUUUCCUUUACACACUAAAUAUUAUAAUUAAGUUGCGGAUUUUUAUACAAUUAAUGGGAAAUUCGAAGUUUCGGAAAUAUACGAAAUGCAUAUAAUAUGUAAAAAUAAAGAAAUGUUCUAAAUGAACUAUUUGCCAUAGCAUUUCACGAGAGAAAUACAUAUUUAUGUAUGUUCCAUUACUUUAAUUAUAUUAAUAAAAAUAUGAAAUUGCUUAAAAAUCCGCGUUCCAAUUAUACAUAACACUUUAAUUUAGAUAUUUUGCAUAUUUUUGCAGACUACAUUAUGUACAUUUUUUAAUUUCGCAUGAAUUCAUAAAAAUUUGCUAUUUACAUGUUACUGUUGAUGUUCUCUUGACAAAUUAUUGAAAAAUUUUACAAAGAAAUCAUUCGACGCGUUUCUGCAAUGAAGAAAUAUUUUUUGAGAUGAACGACAGGUGCGUAUAAAUCGAAAAACGAUAAGUGCUGAAAUGAUCGAUCGAUUUAUACUUAGGAAAAGAUAUUUUAUUAUAUGAAAUGAAAAGUCGAGAACGAUGUUGGCAAUGCAAACGGGAAGAAAGCAAUAAGAAAAAGAAGCAAGAAAUUAAGUACGCGUUAGAUACUUUGAUAACAUUUCUGGAUGUUGUGAAUUUAAAAAAAAAAAAAGAACAAAUCGAAUUUGUGUGAUAUUUGGCGUCAACUAGACACGAUGCACACAUCGUUCUGCUGUUUCUUCGCUAACUUCACGAUAUUUCGUAACUCGCGAAGUCGAUAUUUGUACGAAACGAUUUGUUCUAUUGAAUUUUAUUCUUCUUAUUCUCUUUUCUUGUCUUUUUUUUAAUGAUAUAUUCGAGGACUCCACCGACAUUGCAACACGAUUAAAUGGUAAUACUGAAGUUAAAAAAAAAGAGCGAAAGAAAGGCGAAAGUAUAUCAUUUGCUCGCUUCAAGUCGUUUCGAACGUUUUCACGAUUGCGAAUCGAAAUAAAUCCUCGUUGGUGAUACAAUCGACGACUACGGUUAACUACGAAAACGUGUUCACAUUUUUUUUACACGAUUUUAUAUCUGCGUCAAAUAAUCGCGCCUUUCUCAAAUCGAGUGAAUUCGUGUUAUCGCGAUUGAAACGCACAAAUCAUAAUCGAACACGGAUGCGAGUCUUAAACGAUAUAGAAAUUUUUCCACUUUUCAUACUUAAACUUACCGCCAAUCGUAAAAGAGCGGUAAAUAUAUCUACCGAUUCGCAAACCGUGAAACCACACAAUCAGAAUUCGUUUAUUUCUUGAAAAUGCGUUACUAUUUAUUUGGAAGUAAAAUGAGAAAAAAGAUAAAAUAAUAUUAAUCAUAUAGUAGUUACUUAUUUUCUAAAUUCUAAUUUAUCGUUUUAAAUGUAAAAAGAAGAACUUUUGUUCUUCUUAGACUUAUCUUAGAAAGAAUAAUCGGGAUCAGGCCGAUCGAAUUUACGGUCGAUUUUUACAUGUAUUUCCGAUCCGAUUUCUUUUUGUUUUUCUUUUCUUUCUUUUUUUCGCAACAACUUUCGACACUAUAUUCGAUCUUCGAUUUCGAACUUUCCUUUUUAUCGAGGAUCGAAUGUAUCGAAACCGAUGUCGAUGUGACGCGAAAGCAAUCCUAGACGUAUACAUAUAAAUAAUAUAUAUAUACAUAUAUGUAUAUGUAUAUUAUAUAUAUAUUAUAUAUAUUAUAUAUAUAUAUAUAUAUAAAGAGCAAAAUACGAAUAAAUAAACGACGAUGUGACACUUUGUGGCGUAUGCAAUGACAUCUUUUGAAAAUUCGAUACACACAUCAUUACGAACAUUAUGUUAUUUAAACGAAUAUUAACACACGUUAAUACUAUCAUGAUAACCUUUGUUUAUUUGAUUCUAAUGUAAUAGUUAUUAUUAGUUCGCCAUCCUUUGUAUAUAUUCGCAACUCUCAAUAAAAAAAGUACCAAAAAAAAAAAAAUAAAAUGAAAUA